AUGAAGUUCCUGCUCCCCUUGGCCCUCCUGACCGCCGCCGCCGCCGCCGCCGCCGCCGCGUCUCAGUCCUGCAGUGAGGAAGACCAUGCCGAAAUCUCCGGCUGUCUGGCCGCCAUAUCCUCAAGGGAAAAGAAUUGCGCGAGUGAUCCGAUCUGCCUCUGUGCCAACAGCGUGCAACUAGUCCAUUGUUUUGUGCGGUGCCCUGGGGGCGCUCUGAAUGAAAUGAUGGAGGAGAAGUCAAGGCGCCUUUGCGCCGUCAAGAAGGGCCCGUCUCUGUGA